AUGUCUUUGGCUUCACUGGACCUGAACGCGCUAUGGCUGGAGCACUCCGCGGUGAUCGCCACCUUGUUCGCAUUUGGGACUGCGCUGUUCUUGGUUUCCAGGUCCCAGAAACAGUCCUUGAACUUGCCUAGAUUCGAGGUGACCAACGACGUUCUGAAAACAAUCGAAGAAGCUCAUGCUCAAUACCCAGAUGACCCCUUCAUCCUCUCCAUGGUGGGCAUGGAACUCGCCAUCCUCCCACGAUCCGGAAUAGACGUGAUCAAAACCCUCCCAGAAGACCAAGUAUCCAUCAAGAGACACCACCACGACGUCUUCCUCGGCGAAUACACAUACAUGGGGACAAAGUCCCCCGAGUUUGACGAAGCAAUGCGCUACGAUCUCACGCGCAACACACCUACUGUCCUUGCAUCAUUCGUGGCAGAAGUGCAAUACGCAGUCGAGGACAGCUUUGGUCGACCGGAUCAAUGGACCGCAUUCCAGCCACGGGCUUGUAUGUCGAAGAUCGCUUCGCUCAUGUCCGGGCGUGCCUUUGUCGGUCUCCCGCUUAGUCGCGACAAUACUUGGGUCGACGCGACGGUGAGAUAUACGCAGGAUGUCACCCGUGCGUGGUUAGUGUUGCGGACGAUUCCCUGGGUCCUGAGGCCGUUCGUUGCGCCUUUCUUGCCGCAGGUGCGGUCGCUGAAAAACCAGCGUCGUAUGACCGAGGAGCGUCUCACGCCGUUGCUUGACCCGUCUAAUGCCAAAAACCGGGACGAGAUCCCCGGAGGAGACAUGCUGCGCUGGUUUCGACAGCGAUAUCCCCAAGGACCGACCCCCAAGCAACUAGCUCGCGACCAGCUUCUGGCAACAUUUGCGUCGAUAUACAACCUGUCCAAUGCGCUAUCGUACCUCCUUUUCGAUCUAGCGACGUACCCGGAACACAUUGAGCCGUUACGACAGGAGCUGCAGGAAGUACUGAAGGGCGAGCCGGUCAACAAAGAGAAUAUACAGAAACUGAAGAAACUAGACAGUUUCAUUCGAGAGUCCCAGCGACUCAGCCCCCCUUCUCUCGCGAACAUGCCUCGAAUCGUCACCAACCCGCGUGGACUGAAACUUCCCAGCGGCCACACGAUUCCUUGUGGAAUGCGCAUCAUGGUCCGCGCGCACACCCUCAAUCUCGACCCCAAUCUCUGGCCAAACCCAACUCGAUUUGACGGAUUCCGGUUCUCCAAACUCCGAGAGAUACCUGGAAAUACCUUCAAAUAUCAGCAUGCGACAACCGGAACCGACAACAUCAACUUCGGUCACGGAUUGUGGGCUUGUCCGGGGCGGCAUUUUGCAAGCAGUCAGAUGAAGGUGGUUCUAGCGCAUUUGCUGUUGAAUUAUGACAUCAAGUUGCCGAAUCGGAUGGAAAAGCCUCAGCAGCAGCAUUUUGGGCUGGCCAUUGUGCCUGACACGGAGCAGAUGGUGUUACUUAAGAUAAGGGGCUAG